CACAACACUCUCUCCUAGCUUCUUCUGCCUUCAUUUCCUUUCUUCAUCUCUUCUGUGUUUGAUUUCAAUGGAUUCCACUACUUCCAUAACAAGCGACAAGCAAGCAAAGGAAAAAUUUAAACCAGAUGAACACAUCGCUCUGCAGAAGCAUGUUUUUUUCUUUGACAGGAAUCAGGACGGCGUAGUUUAUCCAUGGGAGACCUUUCAAGGCUUUCGUGCAAUUGGGUGUAACUUGCUGGUUUCUGCUGCGGGUGCCUUUUUAAUCAAUGUGGCUUUCAGUCAGAAAACUCGCCCUGGAAAGCUUCCUUCUCUGCUCUUCCCUAUUGAGGUUCAGAACAUCCAUCUCAGCAAACAUGGGAGCGAUACUGAUAUCUAUGACGAGGAUGGAAGAUUUGUUAACGAGAAAUUCGAAACUAUUUUCCGCAACCAUGCACGUACACAUCCAGAUGCACUGACGUUAGGUGAACUGAUGGGAAUGCUAAAGGCGAACAGAGAAGCUAAAGACUACUUUGGAUGGGUUGCAGGCUUGGCAGAAUGGACAGCAUUGUACAUUUUUUGCAAGGACAGUAAUGGUUUGCUGAAGAAAGAAACAGUAAGAGCUCUCUACGAUGGAAGUCUUUUUGAAGAAAUGGAGAAGAAGCAUAAAGCAUCGGCUAAAAAGUAAAAGGAAAGCGUAAAAGCUUCAAUGGCAAUAAUAAUGAAAUUGUGUUUGAGAAUUUAAAAACAAAAUAAGUUUGGUAAUAAUAAUUAAAUUUCUUUAUUUA